AUGUCACCAAAUCAAUCGUUGAGCAAAGAAAAGAAAAGAGAAUCAAUAAAUCCAGUUAUUGAACAUGCAAAGUCGAAAUUGGAAGUCUGGCAAGCGUUGGUUGUGAUUCGGGUAGAAGAUCUCAAUGACAAUGCACCCCGCUUUGUCCGUCUCAGCCCUGAAGGGAAAUAUUCAGCUGUACUCGAUUAUCAGGCUGAUCCUAGAAAUACGCACAUUCUGCAACUACAGGCUCAAGACAACGACGAGAAAACCCAAUUUGUUUAUGGAAUUUAUGGCGAAGACGAGGAUUUAUUCGUUGUGAAUGCAACAACUGGAGAUCUAUAUUUGGAAAAGAUCGUUCAUGAUGAUCAGAAGAAAGAAUAUCAUUUGACGGGCACGGUAGCUGAUGGAGCACAUGUCAGCGAGAUUCCUAUAACGAUCUACAAGUUACAUCCAGACUGGAACUUAGUUCAGUUGACCGUUGAAAAGGGAAGCAAUGAAGUUGAUGUGAAAUUAUUGGUUAAUCUUCUCAAUCUUACCUCACUAAUACUGGAAAUGCACGCACUUGUGAAAGAACCGUUUACGGGAAGUGAUGGACAAAUCGAUCCAACAAGAACCUUUGUUUAUGUCUAUGGAUUGGAAUCAAAGACGAAGAAACCGAUUGAGAGAAACAAAUUGAAGGGAUUACUCGAUCGUUUCUCGAUGGCCUUGUUGACAUCGGAGACGAAAGUGUCCUCGAUUUCCUAUCAUCUCCUUCUCCAUCCACAUCACUCUCAUCCGUCGACCUUUUCCUUCUUUUCCUUUGCCUCGUUCUUCUCCUCGUCGCCUGCAUCAUUUGUUGUGUUGUUGUCAACAUUUGUAAGAGGCGAGAAGAGAAAGGAAUCGGCAAGGAUUACAUGCGUUCAUCACCACAUUCCGGUCCACGCUGUCCUUGCUGGGAGACCUUGCCUGAUCCCAUGCAGUUCAAUGAGAACAAGCACUCGCCGGGCAGCUCAACCGACGGGAGACGAUCGACGAACAGAAGCGAUGAACUGCUUGUGUUCGCCAAUUCUGUUAGGGGAAUACGGCGGACGAGAGAACGGCGCAUAUGACACGAAUUCGGAUCGGAUAUCUGAGGGAAAAUCCAAUCCCGCGAAUCGGCACUCGAGUGGACGGGAUUCCGCG